GGGGCGGGCACGCCAAGCUUCUGGAAGGCGUGCGUGAGGGAGAGCAUGGCUACCCUGCGCAGACUGCGGCAGGUACCCCGGCACUUGUUGGUCUGUGAGAAAUCCAACUUCGGUGACGACAAGUCGCGCCACAAGCAUCUUGUGGAGACGCACUAUCACAAUUACAGGGUUUCGUUUCUGAUUCCUGAAUGUGGGAUACUAUCGAAAGAACUGAAAAGCCUGGUCAUGGAAACUGGAGCCUAUUACUUUGUGAAGAAUUUACCUCUUCAUGAGUUAAUUACACAAGAAUUCAUCAAUACCUUUGUAAAGAAAGGUUCAUGCUAUGCACUAUCACACAAUACAAACAUUGAUGAAGACAAUACUGUUGCCCUGCUGCCAAAUGGGAAAUUAAUUUUAUCACUGGAUAAAGACACUUAUGAAGAAACUGGACUUCAAGGUCGUCCAUCUCAUUAUUCUGGUAGAAAAAUAAUGAAAUUUAUCAUUUCCAUUGAUUUGAUGGACUUAUCCUUUAACCUGGAUUCUAAGAAGUAUGAAAGAAUAUCUUGGUCCUUCAAAGAAAAGAAGCCACUGAGAUUUGAUUUUCUUUUGGCUUGGCAUCAUACAGGUGUGGAAGAAUCAGCGAUGAUGUCAUACUUUUCCAAUUAUGGAAUUCAGGAGCAUCAGCCAAAAGUAGCAGUGAGCACGAUGACAGAUCUGCAGUGCCCAGUGCUGCAGAGCAGCGAGCUCCGGGGAAAGCCAGGGGCGGCCUGCAGCCCAGGCGAGCUCCUCGAUUGGCUGGGCGCCGUCUUCAGUAAUGCCCAACUAAAUAAUGAGCCUAAUAAUUUCAUAUCAACCUAUUGCUGUCCUCAGCCAAGCACAGUGAUGGCAAAAGCUUGUUUGUGUACCAUCACCGGUUUCAUACUUCCAGAGAAGAUAUGUCUCCUGUUGGAACAGCUGUGUUGCUACUUUGAUGAACCCAAGUUAGCUCCGUGGGUUACGUUGUCGGUUCAAGGCUUCGCAGACAGCCCUGUUUCAUGGAGAGAAAAUGAACAUGGUUUUCAAAAAGGAGGAGAACAUUUAUACAACUUUGUGAUUUUUAAUAAUCAGGACUAUUGGCUUCAGAUGGCUGUUGGGGCAAAUGAUGACUGUCCACCAUAAAAAUACAA